AUGUCCAACGAUCUCCAAUGGUUGCUCCUCCGCAAAAACAACUCCUUCCUUGUGAAGCGAGUUGCUGAGGGCCCGAUCUUCUCCAAGGAGCCCGGCAACCUGACAAACAUCCACUCUCACAAAUACUCUGGUCUUGCCAACACCAAGACAAUCGACAUCCGUGAGGUUCCCGCUGGCAUCAAGAUCACUCACAUCAAGACGAAGGCUGCACCUGGCGCUGUUCGUUCUACCCGCGCUUCCAACCUCAUCCGCGCACGCACCGGCCCUCGUCGUGCCCUUGGCGUCGCCACGCACACUGCUAAGCGUGGCUACCGCCCUGACCUCCGCUCUGCUGCCCUUGCCCGUGUUUCAGCCCUGACUGCUGCCCAAAAGGAGCCCAAGGCGACACCACCAAAGAAGUCUCGAGGCAAGAAGGCGGCGACUGCCUAA